GGCGGCGGGGGGUGGCGGGGCUGCUGCCUGUGAGUGACACACAAUGAGGCGAGCGGCGGCGGCGGGGCCGUGAGGGGCCGCGACCGAACGACGACCGAGUCGGCGGCAACCGGGGAGGGGGGUGGGGGGGGACGGAGAGGAGAGAGGACAGAGAGAGCAGGAUAGAAAGUGGGGGAGGGAAAAAGAAGACCCCCCCCUCCUCCCCUUCGACCGCCCAGCUGAACCAACGCGGCGGUAAAGAGUGAAGGAGGGAGCGGGGCCUGCAGCGCUGAGAUCAGCCAUGGACAAUCAGUGCACGGUUCAAGUCAAACUGGAGCUGGGGCACCGAGCCCAGGUCAGGAAGAAGCCCACAACUGAGGGGUUCACCCAUGACUGGAUGGUGUUUGUGCGUGGCCCGGAGCAGUGUGACAUCCAGCACUUCGUGGAGAAGGUGGUCUUCAGGCUGCAUGAGAGCUUCCCGAAACCCAAACGAGUGUGCAAGGAGCCCCCGUACAAAGUGGAGGAGUCUGGCUACGCGGGCUUCAUUAUGCCCAUUGAAGUGUACUUCAGAAAUAAGGAGGAGCCGAAGAAGGUUUGUUUCACGUACGACCUGUUUUUAAACUUGGAGGGAAAUCCACCAGUGAACCACCUGCGUUGUGAGAAACUGACUUUCAACAACCCCACCAAGGAAUUCAGACGCAAACUUAUUAAGGCUGGAGGGGUGAUGGUAAUGCCAGAGGGAGCAGAAACUGUUUCAAGGCCGAGUCCCGAUUAUCCCAUGUUACCCACAAUACCACUCUCAGCCUUCUCUGAUCCCAAGAAGACCAAACCAUCACAUGGAUCAAAGGACGCCAACAAGGAAAGCAGCAAGGCAUCCAAGCCACACAAAGUAACCAAGGAGCACAGAGAGAGGCCAAGGAAAGACUCUGAGAGCAAAAACUCCUCCAAAGAUCUUGAAAGAGAACAAAACAAACCUUUGAAGGACUCCUCCAGAAAACCAACAGAGAACAAACUGCCUAAGGAGGAGAAGGUGCCUCCGAAAGCUGCUUUCAAGGAACCAAAACUGGCCGUGAAGGAGACCAAACUGGAGAACACCUCUCCAAAGGGUGGGCCGCAGCCGGAGCUGAAGUCUUCCAGCAAGAGGCCGUCCAACGUGGAGUCACCAAAGCCCAGUGCCAAAAAGCAGAAAAAGAGCAGCUCCAAAGGGGUGAAGAAUAUCCUGGGGACAUCCCCCAGAACCUCAUCUUCCUCGUAUCCGGAGAAGAAACAAACCAAGGAGAAGAUGAACGCCAAAGUGGAGAAGGUAAAAUCUGAAAGUGAGGCCAAGGAGAUGAAAAAGCCCGUGGAAAUGGAGGAGUCAAAUUCAGAGGAUGAGAAUUCUUUCAAAUCGGAGGGGGUUAAGUCUGUCCAGUCCAGCCCUUCCAACUCCAGCUCCAGCUCCGACUCCAGCUCCGACUCCGACUUUGAGCCGUCUCAGAACCACAGUCAAGGACCUCUGCGCUCCAUGGUGGAGGAUCUGCAGUCAGAGGAGUCAGACGAUGAUGACAGCUCCUCGGGGGAAGAGGCAGCAGUCAAAGCAAACCCCGUCAGCCGGGAUUCCAGACUGAGCCUUAGUGACAGCGACAGUGACAACAGCGCAGACUCCUGCCUGCCGAGUCGAGAGCCUCCCUCUGCUCAGAAGCUGCCCCCAGCCAAUAAUAAGGCAUCUGGAAGAAAAAGCCCGGAGUCUUGUAACAAACCUGAGAAGAUCCUGAAGAAGGGAACCUACGACAAGGCCUACACUGAUGAAUUAGUGGAGCUCCACAGGCGACUCAUGGCACUACGAGAGCGCAAUGUGCUGCAGCAGAUUGUAAACCUCAUUGAGGAAACGGGGCAUUUUAACGUUACCAACACAACCUUUGACUUUGACCUCUUCUCCCUGGAUGAAACAACUGUUCGUAAGCUGCAGAGCUACCUGGAAGCAGUAGCAACAUGACCUCGGCCUUGGAAGCAGGUUGCUUUGAAACCAGAAAUCCCCUUUAUUGGUACCAGGAAACGAACCCAUGGAACUAGGCCUUCUUAUUCUCUCAAUUCACCCGAAGCACUGCCUUAGAGAACAGCCAUGCUCUAUGAAUGCACAGCCAGCUGCACUUUCUUGUAGGCUUCAAACAAGCACCAUAUUGCUGAGUCUGUCCUCCCUCGCUUCCCAAGCCCGCGUGGGCGCAGGUCCUGAGCAGAGCAAAAGAACGGCUGCGUCCAACUGCAGCGCGGCCCUUCAGUUUGAAUCCAAGAAACUCUAUUUGAGGAACGUUUCCAGGCACCUCCGAGACCUGAAGAAACACAGGCCGUGUUUUCCUCACCAAGUCUUUGGGACCAGCCUGCAGAGUCCGGUUCCCUUCAGCUCUGUGAAGAAGCAUUUGUGCCAUGUUGGCUCUUACAAAGCUCAAUGAGGGGCUGCUGCUGACAGAGGAGCUUCCCGGGGUCUCGUCGGUCCAUCAUAGAGGAAAGCAGUCGGGUUCUGGUUCUGCUCACUCUGAGUUCAGUCGCAGUUGGGUUCGUUUGGCUGCCAUUGGUUCCGGCUGCCUGCAGGGACGGGCUGUGCUCCCUGAUAGAGCCCCUUCCAACCUGCUGUGUCCCCUUGGGGUUUUGAGACGUCUUUUGUUUGCUGAUCCGAGCUCCUAAACAAAAGUCUCACUCCUUUUCAGUCUGCUUUAACUGUAAUAGGACUACAAAACUGUUAAGCUGUAUAUUUUAUAUAUAUAUUAUAUAUAUGUAUGUACUGUAUGUAUAAGAAGGGCCUAGUUGGGUCUUAUGAUUUUAAGGGUGUGUUUCUCUGUUUUUUUUAAUGGCUAUGGCAGGGGAAGGGCGCUUAAUAAGAUUGACCUGUUUGUUCCGAUGCCUCUCGUGGACAAUUUUUAGUGUAUGAAAGUUGGACAGCAACCUUCAAAGCGUUUUUGUGCUCUGGAAGGGACUCACCUUGUUGUCUUAUUUCAUUGGUCAGUGUUGAAUAACUUUGCCAAAAGACGUGAUUGGUUUUGUUCUAUGUUCUCAAAGAGGAAUCUCCUACAGUGGCCCCUAUAGUAGUGGCUGUACUUUGGGAAAACCAAAACAAGGGAGGAUUUUGAUCUUGGGACACACCUGGCAAACACUGAUGUAACACCAGGUGAGAUCAGGCUCUUUUCCUCCUCCCUCCUCCCCCUCACACCCGUGCAAACAAUGGCAGUAAACACUAACCCAGCACCACUUGUGUAUUUCUAGUUAAACUAGACCUCCGGGUGUCGUCUAUAUGCUGUGUGGGCAUGGGGAAAGAAAGCCCUGCAGCUCUUAAAGCUCUGACACUCCGGUUCCCUACAUUCAGUAUUUUGGGAGGGGAAGAAUUACUGUUUUUUUACCCAAAUAAGCUUUUGCCAAACGCCGGGUGGGGGCUGCAGGGAGGGGAGCAGCCACAGGGUUUGCUGUCCCUUCUAUGUGAUGAAAUUGCCAGUCCCUUGUUUUGGGUUCCCCCUUUCUUUAUCAUGGAAAUGUUGCAACUAAUCAACUGAAGUGGCAAUAUGAUGAUAAGCUUGUUUGAGUUGGGUCAUGUUGACCUGAUUCCCAUUUAAUUUUGUCUUUGUACCACCUUUUCAUGUGUCUCGUGCGUGUGUAUAUACAUAUAUAUAUAAAAAAAGGAAAAUAAUCAAGCUCAUGCCAGGUGCGUGCCCCAUCACAGCAGUGAUCUCAGCUGGUUUCUUUCCUGAUGGACGAUGCCUGGAUGGAAACCCUGUGUGCACGGUGAGAAGGUGGAGCACGGCGUGAAGAGGGAUGUGCAGCGAUGGAGGAUGUGGCCCAUGAUGAACAUCCAUGGAUUUGCUUUGUGUGUGCUGGGUCUGGGUGGGGCUGUGGCACAGAGGAAGCCGCCCCAGCAGCACUUCACCCUGGUGCAGGUUGUGACGCCGCCAUCCCCAAAGCAGCAGAGCGGUGGUGAUGGGCAGCGCACACUGAAGCUGGUGAUGGUCUCCCAAGGGUCUCCUCCUCCUCCUCCUGCAGCUGUUGCUGUCCGUCCUGGCAGCGUUUUUCUCCUUGGCACUGUCAGUAUCUGAGUCGCCGUCCUGCCCCCAGCACACACAGAUCCGUCAUCACGCUGCUGCCCACAAGGCUGAGCGCUGCAGUGCUGAAUCCUGAUCCUGGUUGGAAGCACACGGGGAUCGUCCUGCCCUGGAACCGACUUUUACCCUUGAAGUCCGAUGAGCAUCGAUGGGAAUUUUGUUCGGUUUUUAUAAGAAGUAUUUUACACAUGGAUUUUUUUAAGACUCUUUAUAAUCUCCUUGAAAAACCCGAAAUAGGAUUUGUCCCCCCCCCCCCCAGCAAUAGAUUCUCCUCCAUUGUGUGCACAUGCUGAUUUGUUACUAAAAGGUUUCUUGCAAGUACUUAGAGUUGUUCUACAGAGUUGGUGUUUCUUGGGGUAUGUGGUAGCGUCGGGGACCACAGGAGGAACUCUGCAAACAAAGGAUGGUCGAAUUCGGGCCUCAUCUUGUGUCCCCUCCUAGUUGCAUAUGGACGAGUUCCCUGUGUGGAUCCUCUCUAGGCUGGCUGGAUGCUGUUCUGGACAUGCCGUGUACAGGUAUUUGUGGAUAACGUGUUUGUUCUUGUGUCACUCUUGAGAGCAUGGAUGGAUUAUUGUUCAAUAGGAAGGAGGUGGCGGUGCUGAUCUCAGCAUUGCUUCAGGUCUUCGAGGAUGUGUAGUAGCAUUUGCAUUGUUUAAAAAAGGAAAAUUUAUAUAUAUAUAUAUCCAAGAUUGACUUCUAGCCAUAACGGUUUCUCCAUGGAAAGUGGACAGAACUCGGUUACUUUGGUGUCCUUCACCUCCAUCAUGAAGGCACAGAUAAGUGCUGGUCAGUCUGAAGGCUUUCAGAGUUGCUUUGAAUUGAAUGGUGGUGAGGUUAAGAUCAGGACAGCUUUUCCUUUGUCCUUGGCCUUCCUAUUAAGGGGCAAAAGAGGGGCCGGGAGUAUUUUCCUGUUGUCUUGGUCUGGUAUGUGUUAAGCCUUGAGGCUUCGGUUACUGACAUUUACUAUUAAGAAAGAAUAAGAACAAGAGGCAGUAAGGCUGGCUGAAUGCGUGGAAGCACUGAGGCUUUGCCACCAGCCCUCACUGUGCUGUGUGAGGUGGCAGCAUCAGAACUAGCAGAGAAAUGGAUGCAACAACCCAGGCACAGUUUGGCUGAUCUCGAUGGUUGUGAGAGGUUCAAACUCCAUCCUGUCCCUCUGCAAGCAGAGACCCACAUCACUCUCCAAUGCAUUGGAGCACAGUUGGAGCUCCGCUGUCCCAUCCCAGUUCACCUCAAUGCUGCAGCCAUCCCACACCGUACGAGUGCUACUGCUGAACGAUGAGACCCGCUCGGUGUUGCUGUCAUUGGGGGCACAAAAUAGCCAUCAAAAACCGAAGAGUUUGCACUCC